AUGGCAAAGUUCCUGAUCUUUUCCCUUUUUGUGGCGAUGGCCAUUUUCUCGAUUGUCGCCGCAUCUCCAGUGAAUGGUGAUCUAGAGGUGGAAGAUGAUCACCUUCCACAGCCCCGAGUGAUCUGUGAUCUCAUCGGUGUGGGUGACAGAGGCUGCGCCGCCCGUUGCAUUCUGCAAGGGAAGAGGGGUGGAUGGUGCGAGAAAGGGGUCUGCCACUGUCGAAACUGA